AUGGCGUCCCCGGGCGAGCCAGACACCCCCUCAGAGGCCCCCAGGGACGACGGCCAGUCUGAUGGCCAUGUCCCCAAGAGGCGUCGCACCGCUCCCAAUUCGCGCGGCGUCGCCAACCUCACCCCCGAGCAGCUGGCCAGGAAGCGCGCAAACGACCGCGAGGCCCAGCGCGCCAUCCGCGAGCGCACCAAGAACCAGAUCGACCGCCUCAAUGAGCGCAUACGCGACCUCGAGAGCCAGCAGCCCUACCAUGACCUGCAACUCGUGCUCCGCGACAAGGACGCCGUCGUGGCCGAGAACGCCGACAUCAAAAAGCGGCUGGAGAGCGUCCUGAGCAUCAUCCAGCCCAUCGUCAGGGCCUCGGGCGGCCUCAAUGAACUGGCAGCCGCUGCUGAGCGCUCGCCUCUUCCAGUCUCCUCACACCAUCUCCAUCUCCAACACCGCGACGCGCCUGUGCAACCGUCCGACCCACGACAGUUCCGUACCACCACCCUCCACGACCUCGCAGCAGCAUCGCCCUCCAACGGCAUACAAUCACCAAGCGGCACAGAAGGCGGCCGACAAUGGCUGUAUCCCGACAAUGCCCCAACGAGCCACCUGCGUCGCUAUUCCAACGACAGCCCCCAGUUCGAGAAUGCAAGAACCCCGCAUAUCCAGACGGAAAUGCCCUUCGAUGAGCGCCUAGGCGUCGACUUCCUUCUCGACAACAACAACCAGCGGAGACCCGUCGACCCCAACCUGCCUCCCCCCGUUCAGCCGCCGCCUAGCAACGUCAGUAGCAGCCAGUACGCACAGUAUGCCCCAGCCCUCGUCGCCCACCUCACCCUCCCACGCAACGUUGCCGCCACCUGCCCACUAGACGUCAUCUUGCUGGACUUUCUGCAAGAUCGCCAAACACGCGCUGCCGAAGGUGUACCCCUCAAGACGCUCGUUGGCCCUCUGUACCCCAACUUCACCUCGCUGGCCUACCCGGAACGCAAUGUCGAGUCCCACCCGCUCUCAAAGCUCUUCACUGACAUUCUGCGCACCUUUCCCGACAUCUGUGGCAUGCCCGAGCAGGUUGCCAUCAUCUUCAUCAUGUUCCUGGUCAUGCGCUGGCAAAUCGAACCUACUCAGGAGAACUACGAACGAAUGCCACACUGGAUCACACCACGGCCCGCGCAGCUGUUUUCAGCUCAUCCGGCCUGGUGCGAUCAUGUUCCUUGGCCAUUACUUCGCGACAAGAUCGCAGCCAAGCCAUUCGUGUCUUUCGAAAAUUUCUUCAUCCCAUUCACCACAACCAUCUCAUUAAACUGGCCCUACGAGCCACGCGAUUGCCUCCUCCCGGCCUCCAAAAUUCGCUCCUCCACCCUAUCUUCAACCUCAUCUGUUCACCCUUCGUCACCUUUCUCAACACACGUAAAUGCUGGCUCUCCGCAUGGACCGCCGACACCCCAGCCAACCGCUAGCACACCUGGUGCAGUCGGAUCGAUUGGCACCCUGCCCAACGAAGAUGACCAAUGGUUCAUUAACCCAGCCUUUGAAAGUCACCUGCGGGAUUUGAACAACUGGUCUCUUGGACCGAGCUUCAGAGGCACAUUUCCGGAAUUUUCCGACUGCAUAAAAAUAAAGGGAGUGAGAUGA